AUGAUUGUUGAACAAGCCAAUCUGUGUGUUGAAGAAGCUGGUGUUCAUUGGGUUCAGGAUAAAGAUCUUCUUAAGGAAGUGGUUGGACUGGUUGAGUGGCCUGUUGUUCUUUUAGGUCGUAUCGAUCAAGAUUUUAUGAGCCUCCCUGAAGAGGUCACGGUGACAUACAUGCAAGAACAUCAACGUUAUUUCGCAUGUCGUGAUGCAGUAGGACGUUUAGCCCCUUAUUUUUUAGUUGUCUCUAAUAUUACAGCCAGCGAUGGAGGCAAACAGAUCACAGAAGGUAAUGAGCGCGUUUUAAGAGCCCGACUUUCAGAUGCACAGUUUUGUGAAGCCCAAGAUCGUAAAAUUCCAUUAUCCCACUAUGCAGAUCAGUUGUCAGAGCUCGUAUUCCAUGAAAAGCUUGGAACUUUAGCAGAAAAAGUAGGGCGCUUAGAAAAACUGACAGUUUCAAUGGCCUCAAAAGGAAAUGUUGAUGCUGUGCAAGCACAACAAGUUGCAAAGCUUUGUAAAGCAGAUUUGAUGACAGAAAUGGUUGCAGAGUUUCCUAAGCUUCAGGGAACUAUGGGAUGCUAUUACGCACAAGAUCAAGGGAAAGAAAUUGCACAAGCGAUUGAAGAUCACUACGCGCCCCGCGGCGCUUUUGAGUCCCUUCCAGAAGUAAAGCUUGGUCGUUUGGUGGGGUUAGCAGAUCGUAUAGAUACUUUGGUGGGCUUUUUUGCUGUGGGUAUUCGACCAACUGGUUCUAAGGAUCCUUAUGCUUUGCGCCGCGCAGCACUGGCUGUGAUUCGUUUAAUUGAGUCGGGAUUUGAUUUUACCUUACCUGAUCUUAUUUCUUGGUCUUACGGUGCUUAUAAAAAUUUACCGAAAGAGGCGCUUUCUCUUGAACAA